CGGGGACACAAAAAAUAUAUUUAAUGUAUUCUCUCAUUCACCGCCAUAGAAUUUUACCCAACUAUGACGACUUCCGUUUCGAGAAACCCGGACAUGUGAAAAGGGUCAGAAGAAAAAUUUGUUCUUUGGAAACCUCUAUUUGGCAUCACUGCGAAAACUCCCUUUUGGAAGCUUUAUUUUCAAGAGUGUAGCAACUUUCUUACUACAAAAGCAAGACGGUUUUUUUUUUGUCAAAUUUGCCGCGUAAACUAAAAAAAAAAGCAUUUGCGGUUAUCUUACAAAAGAUAAAUCAAAACUGCGUGAGACAGAUGCUCAGCAUCACUUCUGUUCUGCGUCUGUCUGUCCGGAGGCACGUGCCCGCGCGGGAGCGCGAGAGGAGGACGGGUGCGCGUGAGAGUGGGAGGACGCUCGUGCUGACGGGGUUCUCGGUCAACACUGUGAUGGUGUGAGUGUCCGGGAGUCACAGCCUGGACUCUUCUGACAGGUCGGACAUGCUGAAGCCGAGCGAGCCCAGCGGUUCUGCUUUCCUCAAAGUGGACCCGACCUACAUCCAGCACUGGCAGCAGCUCUUCCCGCUGAAAAGCGCCGCGCUGCCGCCGCCGGUGCCGCUGGAGAACCUUCGCCUGCAGAGACCCAGCCUGAUCUCGUGCACCUCCUCGUCGUCCUCGAGCUCCUCCACCGCGUCUCCCGCGUGCUCCUUGAGUCAGCUCGCGCUGUUCGGACAGACUCUGAGCUCCGACAGCGGCGGCGGAGGCGCUUCUCAAGCCAAAGAACUUUGUUUGUCGUCCAACUUUAAGAAUGAUAAAGGCUCGCGGCUGAAGCUGAGCUCCGAGGAGCUGGACUACUACCUGUACGGACAGCAGCGGAUGGAGAUCAUCCCGGUCAACAACCACAACGGAGACGCCAACAACCGCUGUGACAUGUGUGCGGACAACCGUAACGGAGAAUGCCCCAUGCACGGACCCCUGCACUCGCUCCGGAGGCUGGUGGGGACCAGCAGCGCCUCGGUGGCCGUCCCCCCUCCGGAGGUCCCGGACUGGCUGAGGGAUUUGCCACGUGAGGUGUGCCUGUGCACCAGCACCGUCCCGGGCCUGGGAUACGGCAUCUGCGCGGCCCAGCGCAUCCCGCAGGGAACCUGGAUCGGGCCUUUCCAGGGCGUCCCUCUGCCACUGGAGAAGGUGCAGUCGGGAUCCGUGCGAAACUCAAGACACUUGUGGGAGAUUUAUGAUCAGGAGGGAACAUUACAGCACUUUAUCGACGGCAACGAGCCCAGUAAGUCGAGCUGGAUGAGGUACAUCCGCUGCGCCAGACACUGCGGGGAACAGAACAUGAUGGUGGUGCAGUACAGGUCGUGUAUUUUCUAUCGGGCGUGCGCAGACAUCCCUCGAGGAACCGAGCUGCUGGUUUGGUACAACGACAGCUACACGUCUUUCUUCGGGAUCCCGCUGCAGUGCGUCGCACAAGACGAAAACUUGAACGUGCCGUCUACUGUAAUGGAGGCCAUGACCCGUCAGGACUCCCUCCAGCCGUUCAGUAAGAGCCCCAAACCCUCCUCGCUGGUCCUGCCGCGCUCCAUGGUCUUUCCUCAGUCGCCCUGUUCGCGGAGCUUCUCGCUGAUGGACAAGACCGGCCAUGCCGAGUCCAGUUUAAACCAGAUGAGCGCCAAGAACCAGCGCGUGCUGGCCAGCCCCACGUCCACCAGCCAGCUGAGCUCCGAGUUCAGUGACUGGCACCUGUGGAAAUGCGGCCAGUGCUUCAAGACCUUCACGCAGCGAAUCCUGCUGCAGAUGCACGUGUGCACACAGAACCCCGACAGACCGUAUCAGUGCGGACACUGCUCCCAGUCCUUCUCCCAGCCGUCGGAGCUGCGCAAUCACGUGGUCACGCACUCCAGCGACCGGCCCUUCAAGUGCGGCUACUGCGGCCGAGCGUUCGCCGGCGCCACCACCCUCAACAACCACAUCCGCACACACACCGGGGAGAAGCCUUUCAAGUGCGAGCGAUGCGACCGCAGCUUCACGCAGGCCACUCAGCUCAGCAGACACCAGCGGAUGCCCAACGAGUGCAAACCCAUCAGCGAGAGCAGCGAAUCAAUCGAGGUGGAUUAACUGAUUGACCGGCCGGAAUUAAACGGCGAGGGAAAAUCAUGAUUAAAUGUCACGGACACUUAAGCAAAACCAAAGAUUUCCUAAGAGAAACUCUCAAUCACGCGCAGAAAACCAAAAGCAGUAAUAAAAUAAGUGAGAUGUUAAGAGUUAUUGAU